AUGGAGGCUCAAUUUGUGGGAGAGAGUAAUGGUCUAACAUUCUGGGUGGCCAGACCACAAGACUAUGAUGAGGUGAUGGCCAUAUCACAUGACAUAUACUAUGGCAAUGACUACCUACCACAUCGCUAUCACAUCUGGAUGACUGAACCUGAUAGAGUGGUCGUAAUUGGAAGGAGAGAUGGGAGGCUGGUGGCACUGGAAUCUGGACUGGUGGUUGAUGGGGGUCAAACAGUUGUGGUAGAGGGUUUAAGGGUUUGCCCCACUGAAAGAGGAUGUGGCAUAGCUGGAGUGAUCCAGAAAGUGACUGACCGCUACAUUAAACAGGUUUAUCCAACUGUAACAACCAAGCGACUGACAAGAGGUGACAUGCCAGAACCUGAAAAAAUCUCAAAAUUUACUUUCCUGGCUCGUCGGGCUGUUCUGUCUUUACGUGGAAAUGCUGAGAGUUUUAAUGGAUUUGUUCUGGGCCUGAAAGCAAAACUUGAGACCAUGCAGAAUUCAAAUGGACCUACUACCAUAACCCCCAGUGUCUGUGUUCUGAAGGACGGCCCUCAGCUCAAGGCCCUACUCCUGGAACCUGAUCUUUCCUCUAGACUUCAACUUCCAGGAGGAGUCAUUAUGCAAGACUGGCAGCCUCUGAGGCCAAUAGAAAGCAACCUGGAAAUUCUAAAAAGACGAGACCUAACUUGGAUGGUUGACUUUUCCAGUGACAAAUCAAGUUUCAUGAGCUUCCACACACCUCUGUACCCUAUUCCAUUUAAUGGGGGCUCCCUGCGACUCAACAUUGACAUGUUUGGGGCGGAUCUGUCUAUAGCAAGGAGAGCACUUGUAUGUCAUUUGGAGCAGGUAGCUGGGGAGAUUCAGGGCACUGUUACUGUUCAUGUGUACAUGUUCCAAGCUUUAUGGGAGGGCAUGAGCGAUUUCUGUAAGGGGGAUGAGGGGGUCAAACAAUGUAGGGAUUACUGGGAGCAAAUCUUUCUGGAAAUUGCAGUGCCAUAG